AUGUCCCAUGGAGCCAUGGUUCUCCGAGACGCCACCUUCGCGAAGAUGACCUUUGACCAGUGGACCGAAUGUACUCUCCCAAAGGUCCAAGGUUCUUGGAACUUGCACCAAGCAAUGAAUGGAGCUGAACUCGACUUCUUCAUUUUGUUCUCUUCCGCUGGUGCCAUCUUCGGCAACGGCGGUCAAAGCAACUAUGCAGCGGGAAAUACCUUCCAGGAUGCGCUCGCCCGAUUCCGAGUGUCUCGCGGAGAGAAGGCCAUAUCAUUGAAUCUGGGCAUGAUCUUGGGUGGUGGCUACGUCGCCGAAAAUGACGCGAUACGAGAAAGACUCAUCCGCAACCGCGAGAUUUUUCCAAUACAGUUGGAAGAGUUCCUUGCCAUGCUCGACUACUGUUGCAACCCUGACCUUGGCCUCCUGUCUCCUGAUGAAAGCCAACUGGUCACGGGAGUAACCCUGCCCGCCCAACUCCGCGCCGAAGGUAGGGACGUGCCCCUGAGGUUAUUGCAACCGAUACUUCGGUGCAUUGCACAGAUUCCGGUCCGCAUGUCGGUAAAAGCCCAACAUGACGCUGCCGGCGACAAUCUAACUGUGAAAUUCCGGGAAGCAGAGAAUGUAAAUGAAGCAGCGAGCGUGGCGACUGCGAUGCUGAGGAUUAAAACGAGUAAGCUGCUUGGGAUGCAAGUCGAGGAAAUCGAACCAAACAGCCAGAUUGAGCAUUACGGCGUAGAUUCUCUGGUUGCGAUUGAGCUCCGAAAUUGGAUUUCGAAGGAAGUCGAUGUAGAUAUUGCGGUGUUUGAGAUACUUGGGGGUAUGACGAUGCUGGAACUCGGAAGCUUGAUCGCGCAGAGGUCCGCUAAAUAG